AAACUCGGGCACUGGAACAAGACCAUCAAAACCCCCUUCUAUCUUGUAUCUUUUACUUAAACCCUACCGUCGCAAACGCCGUGAGCGCCACCAAUCCAUGGCUCACCGACGGUGCUUGCACACACUAAGCCGCCAAGCAGCAGCUCUUAUCUCUCUCAAAACCCCUGCGCCAUCUGUUUCUAACCUCAUAUCUUUUAAAACCCUAACCCGAACCCAACACCAGUCCCACCUCUCUUCUAAGCUUGGCACCUCUUGGUCUACCCCCUGGUACCACUCUCGCCAUUUCUGCUCUAACAAAAAUGACGACGAUGAGGGCGACGGUGACGAAACCGGAGAGAGUUCGGGUGAAGAGGAAGAUGACGAUACUGUCCCUGAGUUGCUGCGGGAGUAUACUGUAGAAGAGACAGAAGCUGAGGCGGCUGAGAUUGGGUACAAAGUGGUUGGUCCACUGCAGAAAUCGGAUCGGGUUUUUAAACCUUAUGAACCAGUUUUCGCUGUUGUUCAGAUUGGGUCUCACCAGUUUAAGGUGAGCAACGGGGAUUCGAUUUUUACUGAGAGAUUGAAGUUCUGUGAAGUGAAUGACAAGUUGAUUUUAAAUAAGGUUCUCUUGUUGGGUUCAGAAAGUCAAACAAUCGUAGGUAGGCCUAUAGUACCAGAUGCAACAGUUCAUGCAGUUGUUGAGGAGCACGCAUUAGAUGCAAAAGUUAUUAUUUUUAAGAAAAAGAGAAGGAAGAAUUACCGUCGUACCAAAGGACAUCGCCAGGAGCUUACUAAGUUGAGAAUAAUUGAUAUUCAAGGAAUUGAGAAACCAGAAAAAGAAAAGGUAGCAGUUGCUGCGUAGGAAAGAUUUUUUUGCCAUGGGUAUUAUUAGCAAUAAAGGAUCGCGAUACUUAAUAUCUACCUGAGUUGUGACUUUUUUUUGAGAUUAUGUAAGCAGCAGUCUCAUUCCUGAUUUGGCCAAUGUACCUUUUCAAUGUUAUAUUUGGCAGAAAGCCUAUCAUCCAAAGAGCUUUCUGUUGUAAGUUUUUAGUUACAUUGGAGAUGUUUCUUCGCUCUGCCCUCUGCCUAACAUUUGUUUUCUUUGUAAUUUCUUGUGAUUUUAUUUGUAUUUAGUGAUCCAGUCCAUGAAAUUUUAGUAGAAGAAACAUCGUUUUCUCUCCAAGUAGAAUUGUUACCACAGUGGCUGAAAUUGUUGUUAUUUACUGAUAAUGCUAUUUGGUUGGAUGCAAAUUAUUUUUAGAAUUUGCAUUUAAAUUUAUGAAUUACUUUGGCCUUUCUAUUGUAU